AUGGUCAGUUCGGGCUGUGUUGCAGCGACUGCUUCGUACACGCUGCCCAUUCUAGCGUGCUGCAGCUGGAGCCUGCUGUCGCUCCUGAACGCUGAGUUGCCUUCCUUGCAAAGGCUCCAACGAUUUUUCGAGUAUGGGACGCAGCAUGGAGAGCCAGCUCCUCCUGACGGUGGGACCCCAGAAGAAGCGAAGCGAAAACAUGGGCAAUGGCCAGUGAUGUCCGUCGAUUUCGCGAAGCCAUCGAUCGGCCUUUGCUUGUGGUGCUGCUUUCCAAUUUUGGGAUAUGCAGUGGUCCGUGCCCUGAGUGGAUGUCCGCAGUAUACGUGGUAUUGCUGGCAAGUAGAGGACCAGACGACUUCCUCGCACCUGCGCAACGUCCUUCACCUGCUGACCGCAAGCAUCCUGUUGGCGUGGCUUUGUAGCGUGCCCCCAAGCGCUGCACGAUACCGUGCCUUGUUCGUGUCUGUUGCUUUCUGUGAGUUUCUCAUCAAUAAGGCUAUUUGGGACAGCUGUGAGGACUUCAUGGCUCACAGUGUCUCUGUUGGAAGCACCUUUGGCGCCUUUGACGUUUUCGUUGCACUAACCACGGUGCUAACGCUGGUGAUCCACACUUGUGAGGGUUUGCCGAGCCUGCGCCGAUGCUUUCAGAAGUUCUGUGAGACAAUGGGCCGUCCCACGGCCACAAACCCAGAGCUUUACAUGACUGCUUCUGGACAGAGGAACUACCUUCUCUAUAUGUCCCUCCUCACGGUCUUCCACGUGGGUCUCUUCUUGGCCUUUGCGGAUGACGUCCACGCGCAUCACUACUGGAUGGGUUUCGUGGUGGCCUCCUGCUGCAUAUUUCCGACACCCUUGUCAAGGCUCAUGCUGCUCAAGUCCGUAAUGAUGGCCAUCGACGGUAUCGGGGUGUGGGGUGCAGAUGCCAUUGUGGGAGAAGAUGAGGGCGGCAUGUCCGAAAGCGACGCUGACCUGCGGCUGAUCUUAUGCGUGCUCGUGGUCCUGGCGCUUGCAGUUGCAGUUGGCGUCAACCUCUACCGAGAUCCGUGCACGAGGUCAAGCAGGCGGCAGCAGACAGCCACCGAGUGA